UGGUGCCCCGCGGCCUAUUCCGGCGCGGCGCUGGCAGCAGCGUGGAGCGGCCAUGCCGAAGGCGAAGGGGAAGAGCCGGCGGCACAAGUACUCCUACAACCUCAACCGCAAGCGGCUGUACCGCAGCGCCCGCCGCCGCGCCGCCCCGCGCAUCGCAUGCUCGCACAUCCGCCAAGCAUGGGACCCCACCAAGUCGGUGGCGCAGAACCUGGCCGAGAUGGGCCUGGCCGGCGAUCCCAACAAGGCCGUCCCCAUCCCCAAGAAGAAGCUGCUGGGGAUGGAACUGGAAAGCAAUGGACAAGACCAAGGAAAGGAACUAGUGCGGAAGCCCUACGUGCUGAACGAGAUGGAAUAUGAGGCCAGUCUGCCCGAGAAGAAGUCGAACACACUCUCACGAGAUCUCAUUGACUACGUGCGGUACAUGAUACAGAACCACGGGGAGAAUUACAAGGAAAUGGCUCGAGACGAGAAGAACUACUACCAGGAUACUCCCAAGCAGAUCAAGAGAAAGAUCAACGUGUACAAGAAUUUCUAUCCCGAGGAGUACAAGGAAUUUGUUGCAUCCCUCAAGCAGGAGAAGAUGGAGGUGUAGUGACUGCCCUUUUCCCUCAGGUUUGCCUGCAAGUGCAGGCUUGACACAACUGUUUUCUGUGCUUAGCACAGACUGACAGACAGGUGACAGUCACAGCCCCAGUGCCUGCAAGCUGAGCUAUGCAAAGCCUCUGGUGAUGGAGGAAGGACCUUCAUUAGACAGAGAUAGUUAUAACCAGGCGUGAAAGGCUCUUGUCUGUGGCUUGUAGCAUUGGGACUGAGUGUGCUGUGCCAGUCCCUGUGCGUGGCAGGCAGUGCUCCUGUUGCCUUGUUAAAAUAAAUUGCUUUUCCAA